AUAUCUAACAAGACCAAAACCCUCAAAAAACCUCUCAAAGACCAACCGAAAAGCACGAGAGCGACUAAAAGCUCUAAGCUUGUACUUAACUUCAAUGGCGGCGAAGAAACAAGAGAGUAACAACAAAUCAAAGAAGAGAAAGCAAAACCCAGAUGCUAAGACGAAUACAUAUAGCUCAUUUUCUAAAAGACCGAAGCUUGUCAGCUCAAAACCUGAAAACAAGCAAGAAAAGAAGCCUUUCAAGCCAUUUAAGAAGCAGAAUUUUGGCAAAUUGAAGUCGCAAUCUGGUGAAGAGAAGAACACCCCUUUAUCAAAAAGAGAGCGUAGGCUACAUGCAAAGGAAUUGACGGAGGCUAGGAAGAAGAGAAGGAAGCAACAUUACACUCUUGAACUAGAGCUUGCACGUCUUUGGGAAAAGAUGAGGCAGCGUAAUAUUGUCAAAGAAGAGAGAUCCAAGAUUAUUGCUGAAGCUAUACUAAAGAUGAAGGGGAAGAUUCCGGAAAUUGCAAGCUCCCAUGUUUCGUCUCGUGUUCUGCAGACUUGUGUGAAGUAUUGUACACAAGCUGAAAGGGAUACCGUAUUUGACGAGCUCAAGCCACAUUUUCUGACCUUUGCGACCAACAAGUAUGCAAUUCAUCUUGUCAUGAAAAUGCUAGAUAAUGCUUCUAAAAAACAGCUAGCAGAGUUCAUCAGCUCCCUCCGUGGGCAUGCUGCUUCUCUUCUUCGACACACUGUUGGAUCUGUUGUUAUCGAGCAUGCAUACCAGCUGGGAAAUGCAACUCAAAAACAAGAGCUUCUGAUGGAGUUGUAUUCCACUGAACUUCAAUUGUUCAAGGAUCUUUCAUCAAUGAAAGAAAGCAGGUUACUGGAUGUUAUCUUGAAGCUGAACCUACAGAAAGGUUCAGUCUUACGACACAUGGCUUCUGUCAUUCAACCAAUUCUGGAGAAAGGAAUUGUUGAUCACUCUAUUAUACACAGGGUGCUAAUAGAGUACCUCAGCAUAGCUGGCAAGACCUCAGCAGCAGAAAUAAUUCAACAAUUGUCAGGCCCACUUCUUGUUCGAAUGAUCCAUACAAGGGAUGGAUCUCGGAUUGGGAUACUGUGUGUCAAACAUGGGAGUGCUAAGGAGCGAAAGAAGAUUGUCAAAGGACUGAAAGGCACAGUAGGCAAAACAGCUCAUUUUCAGUAUGGAAGUUUGGUACUUGCCUGCAUUGUCUCAACUAUUGACGACACAAAGCUCGUAACAAAGACUGUCAUUCGCGAGCUUCAGUCGAUCUUAAAGGAGCUUGUUUUGGAUAAGAAUGGAAGACGUCCUUUGUUGCAGUUGCUUAAUCCAAAUUGUACGCGGUAUUUCAGUCCUGAUGAAAUGGCUUCUCUUAGCCUAUCUAUUUCCUCUCUCAAUGCCAUGGGUGAAUUGGAAGUAAAUUCUGAAACUAAGUCUUUAAAGGACGAGGAAUCUAUUGACAAGGACAACAAUGGGAGAGAAGUUACAAUGGCAAAGCCUGAUGGAAGUACAAGCCCUGAAACUCUUCAACUCAUUGAGGGUGGCAAAAAAGAUCCUUCUAUUAGAAGGCAAGAGCUGUUGGUGGGCAGUGGCCUUGCUGAGAGCCUCAUUGACAUAUGUAUCGAGAAUGCAGAAGAGUUGCUAAGAUCAAAUUUUGGUAAAGAAAUCUUAUAUGAGGUUGCAACUGGGGGCUCUGGUGGUAUCCUUCGAGAAACUUUGGGUGACAAGAUGAACACCUUGCAUGAAGCUAUAGCAUCACUUGCAGCAGAAUCUAAAUUUGAGGAAUCAGAUAAGGAUCAUGUCCUUGAAAAUUUCCACUCCAGUCGGACCAUUAGGAAAUUAGUUAUGGAAAGCUCCAUGUUUGCCACCACUCUAUGGAAGAAAGCUUUGAAAGGAAAGUGUGAGCAGUGGACACAAGGUCACAGUUCUAAGAUAAUACGUGCAUUCUUGGAAUCGUCUGAUGCCGAGAUCAGUAAACUAGCCAAGGAAGAACUGCAGCCCUUAAUAGACAGGGGUAUUCUCAAAUUACCUGAAAAGAAGCAACCAGCAAACAAAUGAAGGUAAAAUCGUUUGCAGCUGACGGUCACUAUAAUGACACUAUCUCAAAGUACAGGCACAGCAGCUCCUGGAUCACUGGUUGAAUUGAAUUUGAACUCAACCACGACAAGACAAGCAUAGAGUGGAUCCAAAUCUGAAAUGAGGUCCAAGGAAAAGGUGUUAUAGCAUGUACUGUAGCCUAUCUAUCUUUCUCUUCCAUGAAUCAUAUCAACGUGCACAACAUCUGUACAUUACAGAAAUCACUUUGUUGCCGAUCUGUGUCACAGCAGAAUCAUGUUUUUGUUCCUCCUAUCAAGCUUGAAAUUUUGUUAUGUUACGACUUCCAAUUUGUAGAAGCAUUUGAUCAAAUAUAUGACUUCAACAAUUUUGACGUUA